AUGGUGACAAACACCACUUUGGACAGAGUGUGCCCUUCCCAGGGAUCCCAUAACAAUGUCGAACUCGAAAACCCUGCUCGCUUUUUCGUCGACGAGCACAACAAGAAAGAAACGCGAUGGUCGAGUUCGCGAGUUGUGAAAGCAAGCAAGCAAGUGGUGGCUGGGACGCUUCACCAUUUGACGGUGGAAGCUAUCAAUCCCGAAAGAUGUCCAUAUACUGUAAGCUGUGUCCACAAACGAUCCUGUAGUUCAUGGUGCUACAAUCAUGCUGUGAAGACUAUACAACAGAGAUCCAAUUCGCUGCUGCCUUACGAACUUAUAGAAUUCGUUUAUGCCAACGCCGAAGUAUCAAAAGAUUUCGCGAAACUAAACAUGCUUCUUAAGUUGAAGAGAGGAGACAAUGAAGAUAAGAAAAAAGAAUGA